ACCCAAUCCUGUCAGCAGAAAAAUAAAAAGCCAGAGCCGGCGAUUCACGGUCCCGUCCGCUUCCUUUUCCCCGAGGCGUAACGACGUCAGCGCACACUGCGCAGGAGCGUGCUGGGGACGGCGUCCAAUGAGCUUUUAAAAAUGUCCAGCAAAGAAUCUUGGGGAAAAAAGGAGAAGUCCAGGAGAAAAGGCUCAUCAUCCAGUGUUGAUGAAGAAGAGAAGAAAGAGAAAAAAACCUCAGCAAGUUCUUCUAGUUCAACUUGCUCUAUAAGAUCCAUUUCAUCAGAGAAGAGAAAACUGAAAUCAGAUCAUACAGAUGUUCUGUACUGUAAUACAAAAAGAAGACAAGAACUAAAAAGCCUAAAUGUAGAAACUGACACUCCAAGAAGGAGACCAAAAAUCAGUUCUUCAUCACAAGGACUUGUUAAACUCCAAGAAACAUACUCAAAUGAUAAUCAAAUUAUUAUGCAGAGUCCUUCUACAAGUGGAACUAAAAAAGAUAUAAAUAAAUAUGUAGAUUUUAAAGAUAUUAAAUUGACAAAUGUUACGAGUAAGCUGGACCAUGGAAUUAAAAACUUUAGCAGUCCUAAGAUUGCCAAAGAUGUGAAACCUAAAGCUGAAGGCCAAGCAAGUGAAAAAAAAUGGCCUCAUUUACUUGCUCAGAGGGAGAAGACGAAGGAACUCAAGAAAGAAAGGUACAAUAAAUUUAGAGACAGUUCUGAAAAAUAUGUUUUGGAAAAAUGCAAGAGAAUUCAAUUUUCUCAGGAUCAUAAUUCCAAGAGGAUAAUUAAGGAACCCCUUGCAUCUAGAAGAAGAAAGAUCAGUUUCAAAAUCCCAGUAAAAUCUCGUGAUACCCUGCAGAAGGUUGUAGAAGAAAACGUCUUCAGUUUAUAUUCUAACAAGUCAAAGACUAAACAGGAGAGAAGAAAAUGCCUGGAAGACUCCCAGGUUUCAUUAAAUACGACGAGGCACAAAAGUGAACAUUUAUUUUCAGAUUCCACGUAUAAGCAGACUGUUCAUGAAUGGGAAGGAAAAUAUCAUAAGCAUCAAGAAAGUAUUGUUUCAAGUUCUAGUGAAAACCUAACUCAGAGUUUUGAAGCACCAUGUUCUUCAGUGUCACCUGAAAGUAUUCAAGAUGCAGAUGAAGAGAUGCAGAUAGUCGAAGAGCUUCAUGCUGCACGUGUGGAAAAAAGUGUGGAUUUACCUUUGGUUCCACCUUCUGGAGAGUUAACGAAUAUGGAGAUUGACGUGGUGGAAGAUGAUGUGCAUUCCUCUGCUGCAAAUACUGCUUCCGACAAAAAGCUUCUGCUUGUUAUUGACACAAAUAUUCUGAUGAAUCAUCUCAAAUUUCUUAGAAUUUUGAAGACAACAGAAAUCGCAGGCUUUGACAGACUUGUGUUGAUAAUUCCCUGGGUUGUUGUACAAGAGUUGGAUCGUAUGAAGGCAGGAAAAUUAUUGAAACAUGCCCAGCACAAAGCUAUACCUGCAGUUCAUUUCAUCAAUGACAGUCUCAAAAGUCAAGAUAAAAAGCUUUGGGGUCAGUCCAUACAGCUUGCAUCUCAAAAACUUUAUGGAUUGAGUGAUGAGAACAAUGAUGAUCGUGUAUUAAAAUGCUGUCUUCAGUACCAGGAAUUAUUCCCUUGUUCUCUUGUUAUUUUGUGCACGGAUGAUAGAAAUUUAAGAAACAAAGGCCUAAUAAGUGGUGUGAAGUCACUCAGUAAAGAAGAAUUGAGUGCAGAGUUAUUAAACUUGUCUCUGAACACAGAUGUAUGUCAUCAGCCCUGUAUAUCUAAACAACAACUGAAAGCAGAAGCAACACCUUUGGAGGAGAGCUAUGAGGAAGAAUCUGCAAACCCUGGACUACCCAUUCUGCUUGAAAGCAUUGUAUCUGAUCUUGAGAAAUCUCUUGGAACAGCUUUAUCUUCAAUAUUAGAAACAGAAAUGAAAAUUGCUUUUGGAAACCUCUGGAUGGAGGUGCUAUACUUGAAACCGCCAUGGACUCUAAUGCAUUUAUUACAGUGCUUUAGAAAACAUUGGUUAGCUGUAUUUGGAUUAGUUAUGGAAAAGAACUUGCUUUUAACUGUUGAGAGCCUAUAUGAAAAUCUUUGUAAAGCUAACAAUGCAGUGGACUUUACAACAGUGAAAUUCCUGCUUCAAGAUUCUAAAAGUUUGCUACAUGCUUUCAGUACAAGGUCAAAUUAUGAUGGUAUUCUUCCACAGGCCUUUGCUCAAGUAAACAAACUGCUCCAAACACUUACAGAGGUCAAGGCAAAACUUAAGCAAAAUCCUUCAGAAAAUACAGCGGGUAAAAAGCAAGAAGAUACUUCUUUGAUGAAAUCUAAUAACCAAGAAAUCACCAUUUUCUCAGGUUCUCAUCUUCCCCAACCAAACAGGCAUCAAGAAAUCUGGGCUAUCCUAGAGAAUGUUUGGAUUACAAUAUAUCAAAACAGCAUGGAUGUGUUUCAGAGAUUGAGCUCAAACUCAACUUUGACAUCUUCAAAAAUAGCAUCAUUUGAAGAAGCAUUUGUAUAUCUUCAGAAGUUAAUGGCAGCUGUUAAGGAUAUUCUUGAAGGAAUUCAGAGGAUUUUGGCCCCCAAUAGUAAUUAUCAAGAUGUUGAGACCCUCUAUAACUUCCUAAUCAAGUAUGAGGUAAACAAAAACGUCAAAUUUACUGCCCAGGAACUUUAUGAUUGUGUUUCACAGACUGAGUAUCGGGAAAAGUUAACCAUUGGAUGCCGCCAGCUGGUUGAGAUGGAACACACCAUGCAGCAGUGCAAUGCAUCUGUCUAUAUGGAGGCCAAAAAUAGGGGAUGGUGUGAAGACAUGCUCAACUUUAGGACCUAAGUGCCUCUUUGUAAUUUAGAAGGAACUGCAUUUGUCUUCAAGAACAACAGAGUAGCUUUCACCCUUUUGUGCCAAACCUGAGACUUGCAAGAAAUGUCUGAUAGGUACAAAAAGAUGAUUGCCUGUUACUAACAGUCUCAUUGAGGUGCUAAUGCAUCCAUGUGGGAUAAACUGUGGACUUAACGCUUCUCAAGUUGACCUUACCUCCCUACCCCUACUCCUCAUACUGAGCCAGUACGUCUAAGGAAAGGAGAGCCAUCUUUCCAGUCAGCUUGAGGCAAGAGCCACUUUGAGGCCCUUUGAGGAAGGCCCAGGACACAGCAUAAGCAUUCUCUCCACCGUAAAUAUGGAUAUGUGACCAGAGACAUGUCCAGACCUCAAGAAGGGAUUAAGACAUGACCAUCUCACCGUAUUUUACAGGAGAAUUACCCCGGGCUGCUUUAUGAUCAAUGGUCUUCCAUGCAGGCCUCCCUUCUGCUUCCCCCAAGGUAAUGGAAGCAGUUUGGACUUCAGCUCCGCCUUGUGACAUAGCCUCUUCUCUUCUCCCUGGGCUUGUCACUUUUUAAUGCAUUUCUAAUAGGAAGAACAGGGAGACCCCUCCGCUGAAUUUCCCCUUAAAUGUGAACAGAAUUUAUGGGAUCAAGUGGCAGUGGUUGAUAUUUGCCCCUAGCUAAACCAGGUGUUUAAUUGGCCUAUUGCUUAUUUAGUUGUACAGUAAGUUGGAAAUCCUUGUUUACUAAAGUAUAUUAUGCCUUUGUUAAUAUAUUAGAUUAAAUCUAACUUGGUAUUCUAUUAUAAAGGUUAAUUUAUUUUUUAAAGCAAUAAACUAUUUUUAGUGA